AUGGGGCCAAUUAUCGCGCACCUGGAGUUCUGGGAAUUACAAGAUGGCGCACCUACUGUGAGAGAAUCUGCUAUAUUAUCGGUGAACAAAUGGGUGGAGGACGGCCAACUCUUUCUGGGUAUCAAUAACGCCCAGAACUGGACCAAGGCAGUGGGGAGGCUAGCAAAAGCCAUCCCAGAUCACAGAACGGCGAUGAGCAUCCUUGUCUGUGCCCAGGUCGAGAGAUUCAAAGCCAUGGAAUCAGGCAGGACGCUCAACGCAGACCCGGGAGGCACGGAUUUGCAGAUGGCAAUCGACCUCGCCAAGAUCUCGCCUCUCCCCCAGCCAAUCAGCGAGGAAGAGCUCCAGACGUAUGGGGUGAAGUUUAACUCUCAGGGUCUUCUUCUCGAUCCGAUAGAGUCUGUCGAGGAGGCCAGAGCAAUCACCGACGGGAAUCCUGAGGAUAAGGGGAAUUUCGGCAAUUUCGGCCGGCAAACUGAUGCUGCCAUGCCUGAAGUUUCCAAGGCGAUUAUUGAAGAACUGAGUCUGACAGACGAAGAAGAUGGUGCAAAAGAAGGCAUAACAGAACAACCUGCAACACCUGGAGAGAUUGGCACGGCUGCACCGAUAUUCAAAUGGUUCACCCAGCGACUAAGUCUGCUUUUGGUUCUUGCGCAGGAAGAAGAUGACAAAUAUUUAUUAGACGAUAUCACCAGCCUACACAGAGCACAGUAUGGCAUCAUUUAG